AUGGAAACUCCAUCUCCUGGGGAGCAAGUGGUCACUGUGGCCAUCAAGUCCUUCAGCAACAACAUAUUCAUCAAUUGGCUUGCAGGAGUGGCGAACAAUGGAAGGCUGGGAUGCAUCAUGUUCGAUGAGGCACAUGGGAUCGUAGAAGAUCAACUGUUCCGUCCAGCCUACCUCGAUGCCAUCCGGAAGCUCAUGCAGCUGCAGAAUGCCCCCAUCCUUUUUACGUCAGGCACGAUGUUGUGGGGUUUCACUUGGAAGUUUUGGAAGGCUGCUGACCUCCUGUAUCGUCCAGACCAGUCUGCGGUGGUGAUCCACACGAGGACCCAACGGCCACAGAUCUUCUACCAGUUUGUGGUACUGGGGAUGGGUCAAGAGCCUUGCAAGACGGAUCUUCCAGACAUCAAGACGGCCUGGAACAUGGAAUGGCGUGCACGGACGGUUGAGGUCAUCCACCAGGUGGAGGAGGGUCUGAAGGGCGAUGAACGGGGGUUGGUGUUCUUCGUGAGCAAAGAGGAAUGCAUGGAAUGGGCCACGCACUUGCACUGCUCGUACAUCACUGCUGAUGUCCCAUUCGAUGACCGUCGUUGCCGUUUUGAUGAUUGGCAUCAAGGGAAGUGA